AACCAGUCCAAAUUGUCAUCCCAUAUGAAAGUCAUAGUACCUCUGUAAUCUUAUUUGUUCAAAUGCCUGAUACUGGAGUGUUUGAUGGCAUACAUAUUGUAAUUGAAGGAGGACCAAAUGUUACCAGGCCUUUGAAACAUGACAAUAAAAUAACUGUUGGCAAUUUAACGCCAGGCACAGAAUAUAAUUUCUUUGUUUCCAUCAUCAGUGGUACUAAACUAAGUAAUAUGUACUAUGUGCCUGCAGUAAAAACAUGUCUGGAAGCACCAUCAAAUAUCCAUGAGGGCAAAGUGACAGACUCUUCCAUAGAAAUUCUCUGGAAUCGAGCUGAUGGGAAUUUUCAGCAUUAUGAAAUCACAUGCAUGAACUGUACUGCUGCUUUCAUGGUCCAGAAGGUAGUUCAAGAAGCAGCAACAUUCUCUAACCUGGAUCCUGCGACAGUGUAUACUUUUUCAAUUUGCACUGAAAAAGAAGGUUUUAAAGACAGUGCUCCUAACGUAAAAGAAAUACAGACAGCCCCAAGUGCAGUUGAAUUUAUGAACCAUAGUAGAAACUCCAAUGCAAUAACUGUUAGCUGGCCUACAGCUAGAAGUCUUCUGGACGGAUACAUUAUUUCAAUAUCCAGCGGAAUCUUAAUGAGAGAGGAAACCCUGCCUUCCACAAAAAGGACAUUCACAUUUAAUAGCCUUUCUUCAGGGACUGACUUUUUAAUUAGUGUUAUAACUACCAAGGGACUGAAAAGAAGCCAUCCCACUGUCCUCAUUGUUAGCACUUGUAAGUUUAUUUUAUAUUUAAUUGACUUUUCAUGGGCAAAAAAUAAUGGAAAUGGUUGUGUUUAAAGCCAAUAUCUAAUUAAAAAUGAAUGAAAAUGGAAGUGGUUUAUGGCAUGCUUGAAGAGAA